UAUUAUUUCAAUCUUUCAGCUUAGUUAACGACCAAGAGUGAUCAUGUCUGACUGGGAAGAUGAGCCUGUUGUGCCUGAGCGCACCGAUCAGAUUCGUAAAUUACGUGAUAAUGUCAAUCGCGACAAUAAGGAGCCACCAUCGAAAUCCAAAGACUUAUCAGAAUGGAGCGAUGAUGACAAGCCGAAUGAGAAUCGUCAGGGAGAUGGCAAUGGCUAUCGUGAGCGACGUGCUAAUGGCGAAGGAGGUGGAUACCGAGCACAUCGUGAGGAUGGCCAUGGUGGAGGCGGCGGCUAUCGUGGACGUCGCGAUGAUGGCCAAGGAGGUGGAGGAGGUUACCGCGGACGUCGUGAUGACGGCGAAGGUGGCGGAGGUGGAGGUGGCGGUGGCGGCUAUCGCAGGCGUAUGGAUAACAAUGAUGGAGACGGGGAAGGUGGAGGCUAUCGUGGACGCAAUGACGAAGGAGGAAGAGGAGGCGGUUAUCGCGGACGUCGCAAUGAGAACGAUGAGUACAACAGGGAACGCGGCGGAGACGAGCGUCGUCACCGUGAUCGCGAUGGCGAUGGAGGCGACAUGAACAACAAUCGCGACGACGUUGGCGAGGAGGGCGAGAAGCAGAAGGCCCGUGAGUUCUAUAUACCACCCGAGCCGACCAACGAUGAGACUGAAGUGUUCAGCACUGGCAUCUCGUCGGGCAUUAACUUUGCCAAGUAUGAUAAUAUACCUGUUAAGGUGACUGGCGAGAACGUGCCGCCCCCCAUCAAGACCUUUGAUCAGGCACGCUUGCGUGGCAGUGUGCUGGAGAAUGUCGUCAAGUCGGGCUAUGUGGUGCCGACGCCCAUUCAGAAGGUGUCGAUCCCAGUGAUAGCCGAGGGACGCGAUUUGAUGGCCUGCGCCCAGACCGGCUCUGGCAAGACGGCAGCGUUCCUCUUGCCCAUUCUAAGUAACAUUUUGGACGAGAGCCACGAUCUGGAGAUUGGCAAGCCGCAGGCGGUGAUUGUAUCGCCAACCCGUGAGCUGGCCAUCCAAAUCUUCAAUGAGGCCAGGAAGUUUGCGUAUAGCACUUAUCUGAAGAUUAGCAUUGUCUAUGGCGGCACCUCGUUCAAGUAUCAGAACGAAUGCAUUACCAAGGGCUGUCAUGUGCUGAUUGCGACACCAGGACGUCUAUUGGACUUUGUGGAUCGCACGUUCAUCACAUUCAAUGAUACGCGCUUUGUGGUGCUCGACGAGGCCGAUCGCAUGCUGGAUAUGGGCUUCUCGGACAGCAUGCGCAAGAUAAUGCAUCAUCAGACAAUGCGUGCGGAGCAUCAGACGCUGAUGUUCUCGGCCACCUUUCCGGAGGAGAUACAGCGCAUGGCUGGUGAAUUCUUACGCAACUAUGUAUUUGUGACCAUUGGCGUGGUCGGCGGCGCCUGCUCCGAUGUGCAGCAGACCAUCUACGAGGUCAACAAGUUUAACAAGCGCUCCAAGUUGAUGGAAAUUCUACGUGAGGGGGCCGAUGGCACCAUUGUCUUCGUGGAGACUAAGCGUGCCGCAGAUUUUCUGGCUUCGUUUUUCUCGGAAACCGAAUUUCCAACCACGUCCAUCCAUGGCGAUCGUUUGCAGAGUCAGCGCGAGCAGGCAUUGCGUGACUUUAAGAAUGGCACCAUGAAGGUGCUCAUUGCCACGUCCGUUGCAUCACGUGGUCUUGAUAUUAAAAAUGUGAAGCAUGUGAUUAACUAUGACAUGCCCUCAAAUAUCGAUGAUUAUGUGCAUCGCAUUGGACGCACCGGGCGUGUGGGCAAUAGUGGACGUGCCACAUCCUUCUUUGAUCCCGAUCAGGAUCGCGCCAUUGCCGGCGAUUUGAUAAAGAUCUUGGAGGGUUCUGGACAGGAGGUGCCCGAUUUUCUUAAGGAAAUGGGCGGAGGUGCAAGCUAUUGCGGUGGCUCCGGUUUUGGCGGAAUCGAUGUGCGCCGUGGUGUUAAUAAUGCCAACCCCGUCAACUUGGAGGAUGAACAAGAUUGGGACUAAAUUAGUUUACUCUAUAUAACAUAAAUAUCGACUUUUGCUUACCAAUAACAAAAAGAACAACAACAAAAACAAUAAUUCUAACAAACCGAACAACAGAAAAAAA